CAGUGGACGCUUGUUUUGUGAAGAGGAGGCACACAAAUGUUAGCGCUGCGAAAUAACUCAGGUGUCUAGAAACCAAACUGGCGGCGCACUUAGGAUGCAGAAGUCUCCAGUGGAAGAUGCAAACUUCCUCUCCCAGUUUUUCUUCUGGUGGACAUCACCACUGCUGAGAAAAGGCUUCAGGAAAAAGUUGGAGCUUUCAGAUGUCUACAAGGCUCCGUCGUAUGAUCUGGCUGACAACCUCUCUGAGCGACUUGAAAGAGAAUGGGACAGAGAGGUGGUCUCCGCAAAGAAAAAGCCCCGGCUGAUGCGAGCCCUGGCCAGAUGCUUCCUUGGCCCAUUUGCUUUCUAUGGCAUUCUCCUGUACUUUGGGGAGGCUUCCAAGACAGUGCAGCCACAGCUUUUGGGCCGAAUCAUCGCCUCUUUCGACCCGUUCCAUGCUGCGGAGCGGGGCCAAGGAUACUUCCUUGCUUUGGGACUCUGCCUCCUCUUCACCGCCCGCUUCCUCCUGUUGCAGCCGGCCAUCUUUGGUCUUCAUCACUUGGGGAUGCAGAUUCGCAUUGCUCUCUUCAGUUUGAUAUAUAAGAAGACCCUAAAGCUAUCCAGUCGAGUCUUGGAUAAGAUCAGUACCGGACAGCUGGUCAGUUUGAUGUCUGCUCACCUCAACAAGCUGGAUGAGAGCCUGGGUCUUGCACACUUCAUAUGGAUCACCCCACUGCAGUGCAUUCUCUGUGUUGGUCUGAUCUGGGAACUGAUUGAAGUCCACGGCUUCUGUGCUUUGGCAGCACUCACAUUGCUUGGCAUCAUCCAGGCCUGGCUCUCACAGAAGAUGGGUCCUCAUCGGGCCAAACGUGCCGGGAUGACCAGCCGCCGCCUUGCUCUAACUUCAGAGAUCAUAGAAAACAUCCACUCGGUGAAGGCGUACGGAUGGGAGGAGGUGAUGGAGACUAUCAUUAAGAACAUCAGACAGGAAGAGAUGACCCUCACCAGGAAGAUCGGCUCCCUGCGUUACUUCUACAGUGCCUCAUAUUUCUUCUCAGCCAUUUUGGUCAUUGUGUCGGCGGUCGUGCCGCACGCGCUCAGUAAAGGCAUCAUCCUCCGCCGCAUCUUCACGACAGCGUCCUACUGUAUGGUGUUGAGGAUGACUCUGACUCGCCAGCUGCCUGGAUCCAUACAGAUGUGGUACGACACCCUGGCACUGGUUCAGAAAAUUGAGGAAUUCUUAAUGAAGGAGGAAUACAGAGUUCUGGAGUACAACCUGAGCUCAAGUGAUUUGGAGCUGGUCAACGUAUCUGCAUCCUGGGAUGAGGGCAUUGGUGAGCUGUUUGAGAAGAUCAAGCAGGAGAAUAAAGCAAAUGGACACCCGAAUGGUGACGCUGGGCUUUUUUUCACCAAUCUCUAUGUGACACCUGUCCUCAAGAACAUCAGCCUUUACCUGGAGAACGGCAAGAUGCUGGCAGUGGCCGGAUCCACUGGUGCUGGGAAGAGUUCCCUGCUCAUGAUGAUCCUGGGGGAGCUGGUGCCAUCAGAUGGCAAAAUCCGACACAGUGGUCGCAUCUCCUUCUCGUCACAGACCUCCUGGAUCAUGCCUGGGACCAUCCGUGACAACAUUCUAUUUGGGCUCACCUACGAUGAGUUCCGUUACACUUCAAUCAUCAAGGCUUGCCAGCUGGAAGAGGAUCUUUCUCUGCUCCCUGAAAAUGACAAGACUCUUCUCGUCGAAGGAGGUGUCACCCUGAGCGGAGGUCAAAGGGCCAGACUUGGCCUGGCCAGGGCAGUGUAUAAAGAUGCUGACCUCUACCUCCUGGAUGCACCGUUCACCCACUUGGACAUUGUGACUGAGAAAGAGAUCUUUGAGAAGUGUGUCUGUAAACUGAUGGCUGCCAAGACACGGAUCGUGGUCACGAGCAAGUUGGAGCAUCUCAAACGGGCAGAUAAAAUCCUCUUGCUGCACAACGGGGACUGUUACUUCUUUGGGACUUUCUCCGAGCUUCAGGCUCAGAGGCCUGAUUUCAGCUCACUCCUUCUGGGCCUGGAGGCAUACGACAACAUCAACGCUGAGAGGCGAGGCUCCAUCCUGACUGAAACCCUCCGCAGAGUCUCCAUCGAUGAGACCGCUGGCUUCCGUGGCCCCGACCCCAUCCGUCAGUCCUUCCGCCAGCACCAGCCUCCGAUAAUCAUCUCCGGACCCCAAACCCAUGUCAGCGGAGACAUCUACCCUGAAAAACGGAAACAGUCGCUCAUUCUUAAUCCUCUGGCGGCUGCACGCAAGUUCUCCUUCAUCGGGAACUCCCAACAGACAAAUGCUCCCCAGUCCUCCGCAGUGGAGGACGGGGUCCGUGAACUCUCUGAGAGGAAAUUCUCUGUAGUACCUGAGGACGACCAGGUGGAGGAGGUGCUCCCCAGAGGCAACCUGUACCACCACGGUCUACAUCAUCUGAGUGGGCAGAGGCGACAGUCGGUCCUGGCGUUCAUCACCAACUCUCAAGGCCAGGAGCGCAGAGAACAGAUGCAGUCCUCCUUCAGAAAGAAGCUGUCCAUCACACCGCAGUGCGACCUGGCGUCCGAGCUGGACAUUUACGCCCGCCGCUUGUCAAAGGACAGUGUGUAUGAUAUUAGUGAGGAAAUAGACGAAGAAGACAUGGAGCAAUGCUUUGCCGAUGAGCGUCAGGACAUCUUUGAAAGUACUUCCUGGAGCAUGUACCUCCGCUACAUCACCACCAGCAGAAGUUUAGUCUACGUGCUCAUUUUCAUCUUGCUGGUGUUUGUCAUCGAGGUUGCUGGUUCAGUUAUUGGCAUUUUCCUCAUCACUGAUGCGAUAUGGAGGGACGGGGCCAACCCAGCAUCUCCAAACUACAUUGACGAGCAGCACCCAAAUGCGUCUUCCCCUCCCGUCCAUCUGGCUGUCAUCUUCACACCCACGAGUGCCUACUACAUCAUCUACAUCUAUGUCGCCACGUCUGAGAGCGUGCUGGCCUUGGGCUUCUUCAGAGGACUGCCGCUGGUGCACACCUUACUCACCGUCUCCAAAAGACUUCAUGAGCAGAUGUUCAGUGCUGUGCUUCGGGCUCCCAUGGCUGUGCUCAACACAAUGAAGACGGGUCGGAUCAUGAACAGGUUCACCAAAGACAUGGCCACCAUCGAUGACAUGCUGCCCCUGGUACUGUUCGACUUAAUCCAGCUCACUCUGAUCGUCACUGGCGCCAUCUUCACCGUGUCCAUCAUGCGGCCAUACAUCUUCAUUGCAGCCAUCCCUCUGGCCAUCAUCUUUGUUGUCCUCCGGAAAUACUUCCUGCGAACUGGCCAGCAACUGAAACUUUUGGAAGCAGAAGCUCGAAGCCCCAUCUUCUCCCACCUCAUCAUCUCGCUGAAGGGCUUGUGGACUAUCCGUGCUUUUGGCCGCCAGACAUACUUCGAGACUCUUUUCCACAAAGCUCUCAACACGCACACAGCCACCUGGUACCAUUACUUGGCCACACUGCGAUGGUUCCUGUUCCGCUGUGACAUGAUCUUCGUCUUGUUCUUCACUGCUGCCGCCUUUAUCGCGGUGGGAACAAACCAGGACAAACCGGGAGAGAUUGGGAUCAUUGUGGCCCUGGCCAUGCUGAUAUUAGGAACCUUCCAGUGGGCAACUAUUACAAGCAUCACAGUGGAUGGACUGAUGCGCUCAGUGGACCGGGUGUUCAAAUUCAUCGACCUGCCCUCAGAGGAGCGCCGUCAAGGGAAACCCGGAGGCAAAGGCGGCUCGGACCUCAUCAUAGACAACCCUCACGCUCAGGAGUGCUGGCCGAACCGCGGCCAAAUGGACGUCCAGGGCCUCACCGUCAAGUACACGGAGGCGGGGCGGGCGGUUCUGAAUGACAUCUCCUUCUCCGUGGAGGGGGGUCAAAGUGUGGGCCUGCUGGGCAGGACAGGGUCUGGGAAGAGCACCCUCCUCUCCGCCCUGCUGCGCCUGGCUUCAACCGAUGGAGAGAUCUCCAUCGACGGCGUCUCCUGGAACACCGUCUCGCUGCACACCUGGAGGAAGGCCUUCGGAGUGGUGCCCCAGAAAGUCUUCAUCUUGACUGGAACGUUCCGCAUGAAUCUGGACCCCCACGGACGCUACAGCGAUGAGGAGCUGUGGCGGGUGGCGGAGGAGGUGGGACUCAAGUCUGUGAUCGAACAGUUUCCCGACAAGUUGGACUUCCAGCUGGAGGACGGCGGGUACGUGCUGAGCAACGGACACAAGCAGCUGCUGUGCCUGGCCCGCUCCAUCCUCAGCAAGGCCCGGAUCCUUCUGCUGGACGAGCCCUCCGCCUACCUGGACCCUAUUACGCUGCAGGUCCUGAGGAAGACGCUGAAGCAGGUCUUCUCCGGCUGCACCGUGAUCCUGUCUGAACACAGAGUUGAGCCGCUGCUGGAGUGUCAGUCGUUCCUGAUGAUCGAAGGAAGCUCAAUGAAAACAUAUGACUCCAUUCACAAGCUGCUGAACGAGACCAGCCACCUGAAGCAGGCCAUGAGUCCCACCGACCGCCUCCGCCUCUUCCCGAACCUGCACCGCCUCAACUCCAGCAAGAGGGCGGGGCCGCAGGCCGCCAAGAUCUCAGCCCUGCCGGAGGAAGCCGAGGAGGAGGUCCACGACACCCGACUGUGAACACAAGAGGGAGACACUUGCCGUUUAAAAAGAACCAAAAUGGCCCAGAAGGAAUUGAGAAGCUUGACCUCUUUGCCGACCUCCAACACCCACGUGCCUUUAUCAGGUCUUAAAGCUGCCAACCAGCCUCGGCCUGAGCCUCAGUGUGUGUCCAUCUUGAAGCACAGUUUUCUGUACGGAGCAGACGUGUCUUCAGGGCAGCACCGGCGGCGCUGAACACCACCGGUUUCCACACAACAUGGAGUCAGGCCCACCUCUGAGCGCGGGUGACUCCCACCCUGAUUUCCCUCCCUUUAUGCACUUUAGAGACGCCCUGAGGUACUAAGAGCUUCCACAGCCGGAGAGUGGCCCAGCACUUUUCCAGGAAAAUAAAAAAAUCAGCCUUCCAUUGCCAAUGAACUGUUGAUUGAAUGUAGCCAGUGAAUCAAGCGAGAGAGAAGUGUCUGUGAGAUGAGUUUCAGCUGCUGCACGACUGCAUCUUUAAAUGUCCUCACCUCCUGGACUCACCUGGACACAGGGUGGCUUCUUUCCUACCGAAGAUUAGUUUUGUAAAAGAGCUUCACCUUUGAACUGUGACGCAUUUUUUACAGUGUAAAUGAAGACGUUUAAUAGAAAAGCACAUGGACGUGGAGGCGGGGCUAAUUUCCAAUCAUCUCUUUACAGUAAAACUUUUG